AUGGAAGUUAAGUUACCUUGGAUUGCAAAUGUCAUACACAAGAACCCGGACUACUUUCCGAAUCCUGAGAAGUUUGGCCCAUCCAGGUUCCAAGGAAGUGGACCACUUCCUCACACAUUUGUUCCUUUUGGAGGAGGGCCACGUAUGUGUCCUGGAGUUGAGUACUCAAGAGUAUUUAUUCUUGUUUUCAUGCACAAUGAGGUCACAAAGUUUAGAUGGGAGAAGUUGAUACCUAAUGAGAAAGUUAAAUAUGAUCCAAUGCCAAGGCCUGCUUAUGGACUUCCAAUUCGCCUCCAUUCUCACAAGCCCUGA